AUGAGUGAAAUUUCAAACAAUGAUUUACUUGCCAAAGUAGAAGUGAUUAUUAAAAAUGAAACGAUCGAGUUGAAAUCUGAUAUUCAAAGUUUACGAGAUAGUUUGAAUGAAAAAACAAGGAUACAGGAAGAGAAAUGCAAUAAUCUGGAAAGCAGAAUAAUCUACAUAGAACGAUUCAAUAAAAGGAACAAUAUAGUAAUUUUUGGGAUGGAGGCAGACAAAGAUAACAUCCUUGAAGCCACUAUUGAGAAGCUGAAUGAAAUAUUCAACUGCAACUUUUCCGAGAGAAAUAUAAACAACAUAUAUUUUAUUGGAAAGAAGAGUAAGAUCAUUCUAGAGUUCAUCUCAUACCUUCAAAAGCAAAAAUUUUUCCAAACUCUGAAGAAAUUACGAGGCUCUGUUAUUUCUAUAUCACAUGACUUAGGACCAGAAGAUCAAGUGAAAAAUGAAAUACUGGUGAAACAUCUCGAAAGUGCUAGGAUUAAAAAUCACCAGGCAUAUAUUAAGAAUCUCAAACUAUAUGUGAAUGGUACUUCAUACACACCGGAAGAAUUAGAGAGUGGCAGCAGAGAAUUCGAGAUUGAACUACUACCCAAAUCAAAUAGUGCAUCACCCACCCCAACUACUAGCCAUAAAAAAGAGAAGGAAGACAUCGCAGACAAUCCAGGAAUAUUAGAAAACUUUAAAAUUACGGAGGAGUCGAUAAUUGGCGGGAAAACAAAUGAUAAGAACAAAACAGACGUCGUUGGUCGUCUUGAUUUUCAUCGAAUUUAG